AGAGGCAGCCUGUCCUCUUGCAGGACUUGGCUGCUCGGCUACUGGUCGAAAAUGGUCGCCGUGCAACAUGUGCUCUCUGCACUGGCGACCAUGAGCACAGUCUACAACACGACGCCUGCAGAUGAUGCAUCGAUACAAGCACACCACCACCCAUCGAGUCUCCAUUCGAGCACUGUCUACUUUCUGCGUCACGGCGAAAAGCCCUUGAACGGAGCAAACGGGCUAUCGCUACAAGGCCAAAGAAGGGCAGAGUGUAUCAAGGAUCUCUUUGGCCCGUCUUCCGAACGCAAUGUUGGCUACAUCCUCGCGCAGAAACCUAGACCGGACGGCAGACGAUCGAGGCCGCUCAAGACUGUCGCACCGCUCGCUGACGCUCUCGGUCUCAGCAUCGAUACGGACUGUGAACGAGAGGACGAGCAGUGCGUGGAGAAGAAGAUCAGACGGUUCACAUCAAAGAAGCAUCCAAAGGGCAACGUGCUCGUGUGCUGGGAGCAUCGCGCCAUGACGGACAUUGCGCGAGAAGUGGGGGUGAAGCAUCUGCCAGAGUAUCCGGAUGACAGGUAUGACCUCAUCUGGGUCGCGACGGGCAAGACGAUCAAGAUUGAGCACGAGCACUGUCCGGUCAUCGACACGGUCUUGUAG